AGAACCCAGGCCUGACCCAGCUGGAAAUGAGAACCAGGCUCCUGGGGAGGGCAGUUCCCCUUCCUGUGGGCAGCUGAUGUGACAGCACUUUGACGGGCAGGACACCGCCUCCAAGUGGCCACACCCUGUGUGUGUCUGUCCUCCAGGCUCUGUGACCUCCACUGGGACCACUGGGGAGAGACGCCAUGACCCCCACCCUCACGGCCCUGCUCUGCCUGGGGCUGAGUCUGGGCCCCGGGACCCGAGGGCAGGCAGGGACCCUCCCCAAGCCCACCCUGUGGGCUGAGCCAGGCUCUGUGAUCGCCCGCGGAAGGCCAGUGACCAUCUGGUGUGAGGGGCCCCUGGGGACCCAGGAGUACUAUCUGCAUAAAGAAGGACAUGCACAGCCUUCCAGAGAGUCUCCGCUGGAGCCAGAGAACAAGGCCAGGUUCCCCAUCCCAUCCAUGACCGAGUAUCAUGCAGGGAGAUAUCAAUGCUACUAUCACAGCCCUGCUGGGUGGUCAGAGCGCAGUGACCCCCUGGAGAUGGUGGUGACAGGAUUCUACAGCAAACCCAGGCUCUCAGCCCUGCCCAGCCCUGUGGUGACCUCAGGAGGGAACGUGACCCUCCAGUGUGGCUCAGGGCAGAGAUAUGACAGGUUUGUUCUCACCAAGGAAGGAGGACACAACCUCACCUGGACCCUGGACUCACAGCUACACCCCAGUGGGCAGGUCCAGGCCUUGCUUCCUAUAGGCCUGGUGACCUCUGGUCAGAGGUGGAAAUUCAGAUGUUAUGGAUAUUACAGGAGCACCCCCCAGCUGUGGUCAGUUCCUAGCGACCCCCUGGAGCUCCAGCUGUCAGGGGUGUCCAGGAAGCCCUCCCUCCUGACCCAGCAGGGCCCUGGAGAGAACCUGGCCUCUAGCAUCACUGAUGUGGACUAUGACAGAUUCACUCUGUCCAAGGAGGGGACACAGGACCUCCCCCAGCGCCCUGCCCAGCAGCCCCAGGCUGGGCUCUCUCAGGCCGACUUCCUGCUGGGCCCUGUGAGCAGCUCCCACGGGGGUCGGUACAGGUGCUACAGUGGACAUAGUCUUUCCUCUGAGUGGUCAACCCCCAGUGGCCCCCUGGACAUCCUGGUCUCAGGACAGCUCCCUGUCACACCCUCCCUCUCAGUGCAGCCUGGUCCCACAGUGUCCUCAGGGGAGAACGUGACCCUGCUGUGUCAGUCACUGAUCAAGAUGGACACUUUCCUCCUGUGCAAGGAGGGGGUAGUUGACAGCCCAGCCGCCAUGUUUAAGAUCAGAGCUUCAAGCUCCACUCCCAGGCACAAUCCUCCGUGAGGGCUGUGAGCUCAGCCCCUGCUGGGCGGGGGCACCUACAGGGACGGAUUCUGUCCUUCCCACUUCUCCUGGGAGGCUGGCUCUCUGGGAAGGCCUUUCCCUCCAGCCCUGGGCUCCCCAUCUGAACAGGGGAGCUGCCUGACCUGAGCACCAAUCCUGGUUCCUGGCCUCUGGGCUCCUGGGCAGCGGGUCCUGGAGCCGGUCCUGUGCAGCCCUCCCUGGGCCUGCACCGCUGCUCUCAGUGACUGUGUCUGUGAGGAUGGAAGCACCAAGGUGGGGAGCAGGGCCAUCCUCAGCUGCCCAGGGCUCGGCUUGGAAAGCAGAGACACAGCAUUUUGGAAACAACAAAGAUUUAUCAAACUCUCCUGGUUGAGAACCUCCCCUCCGUGGGUCACACAAAAUCACUCAGAUUUUACUCUGAGCCACCGCUACACACAGCUCUGCAUGACCCCUCGCCUCCAGCAGGUGGGCAGGGACCUCCGGGAAACAGGGCCAGUGGUGGGGCCAGCAGCCAGCGGGGGGUCCCCUGAGCAGCUCUUAUUUCUCAUUUCUGAGCCCGCAAGAUGCAGCCCUCACCCCACCUGCAGGGUCCCUGGGCCCUCUCAGGUCACCGCGGAGGCUGCUCAGGCCACAGUGGGGUGUGGUGGGGGUGAGGCUGGAGCCCCCACAGGACACGGUGUCCCAGGCAGGGAGGCCACUGGGCUCCUCAGGGAUCACCUGGUGGCCUCAGGGCACACCUGAGACUAAGGAGGGCCCUGCUCCCUGGAGCCACUCCAACGUCACCCUCUGCAGCAGAACUCUCUCCAGUCUGUUUUCUCUCCCUUUCUAAAACUUUUGAAGCUGAAAAUUUAGCUUGAGAUAUUUGGAUUUAUAGCUUAAAAAUAAAGAAAUUCUACUCCAA